AUGCCAGGAAAAUUGAGCCGAGAAAAGGGGCAACAUCUCCGACCAUUCCUGCUUACUGUACUCGCUAAUACACUGUAUACGCAGGAGAAAAUAGAGUUCAAGGAGAAAUUCGCUCCGUCCGAGUCGAGCAGUUUGUCAUCUUUGAGUGUCGGUGGAGAUCAGUUCAACACAUCAUUCUUUAAUCCAUUGUUUGGUAAUAAUUGCUUUGGAUGUAAGAUAGCCGAGGUUGAAGGUGAUACUAAGCACACCUGGUCGAGAAGUUUUACGGAUGGUAUUUCAUUGCUGCUGUUUUCAAUUAUGUCGCAUACGUCAAAAUGGACAUUAAAUGUUCACUCAGCUCUGAGGAUGUUAUGCCGUAAUACGAUCGAUUAUUUGAUGCUUCAUCUGCUAAAAAGGCUCUACUGGAUCUUGUUCAGCGAAGUAAAUCUAGUAACAAUCACCCAGCUGAUUCAAACGGCAAUUUUCUGUUCGGAUGGAUCGCUGCCUUCCGAUCAGGAGAAAAGUCUUCGAGAAGAGCUGGCUACAAGGCGGGCGCUGGAGUUCGCUCAAGAAGAGAUGCCGUCAUGCGUGCUACGAGUACUCGAUUCGAAAAGUUGGCGUGGUGGAGUGAAAAGAUUGGUGAACACCCUGCAGUAUCCUCGGCUUAACAAACAUCUCUCGUAUCUUCUUGUUGACCUGCUUGUCACAAAGCUUUUUCCUGAAGAUUUGUCAUAA